UAACAUUUUUUUUUUUGGAGUGCGCGAGUUGGUGGCACCAAUCACAGAGGUGAUGCUAUAAGUGUCGCAGACAUAACCGACGGCGUCAGCACUCACAUUUCGCGCUGCUCACCGCUGCAGACUAGACCCAGGGGGAGAAGUAGGGCCUUUCGUCAACUUGGAAGCAUCGUCAAAAGGUUCUGGGAGUUUUCAUUUCGGACACUUCGAAACUUGAGAUUCUUAAAUAGAGAGAUUCUAUACUAGAAAUAUUCUAAAGAAGAUAUCACGCAAAAAGCAUCAGUUGAUAUAGAUUUUUAAAAUAGAAACUUCAAAGUAAUUUUAAUACUUAUCCCUAGUUUAUUCAGGUUUUGAUACUAUUGAACCUAAAAGAAACGUUUAUACCAUCUCUGAUAAAAGAACCGUUGAUACCAUCCGAGUUCAAAGAAAGUUUUGAUACCAUCCUUGUUGAAGGCACGUUGAAUUCCAUCCCAUCUGAAGACCAGAGUAACAAAAAAAAACCAAAUGGCUAACGCAUCGUUGACAAGUUCGACCAACGCAGCUCUUGUUUUAUUUAGUCUUCUACUCAUGGUCGUUUUAGUGCACGCUCAAGGGUUGAGCAGAUAUGAAGAGCACUGUGGUGGAUGCUGGUUGGAGAUGGAUGACCUGGUCAACACACUCAGGUCGGACAGCUACAAUCACAGGGGUGAAGACCGCCCGGAAGAAAGCGGGGAAACCCUACAACUACUGUCGUCAAGGUUACAGCGUCAACUAUUCAGAAGGUCGGAACCGACAAGUCUAGAAUGUGAGGUGUGCUGGAUCGUCCUCAACCGGUUAAAGACAGCUAUCAAGAAGGACAGCGAAAAAGAGGUGACAAAUUUCGGACAGCUUGUUAAAAAAGCGAUGUUGAACAACGGAUGGAUGUAGAGCCGGGUGGACGAGACUUGCAGCAGCUACCGACGCUGCUUGUCUAUCUCUGUCUGUCCAGUCUAAUCAUUAAAACUUGAAACACUAUGUCAGCUCUUUGUUGUCUCAUCAUGGUUUAAAUUGGCUCAAAAGUAUCGGUUAAAAUAUCAAGUCUUUGUGGUCAAAUACUGGUUUAACUUGCGUCAAAAAUAUGGAUUAAAUUAGCAUGUUUUUGUCGUCUAAUGCUGGUUUAAAUUGGGUCAAAAGUAUUGAUCUAUUUGUCAAGUUUUUGUGGUCAAAUAUUGGUUAGAAGUGGGUCAAAAACACAGAUUUCUUUGUUAUCAAGUACUAAUUUAUAGUUUUUCACAAAAUCGAUGAUAUAAUGUUAAGUUUACUUUUACGUUAUCAAGUACUGGGUUAUAAUGGGUCAAAAUACUGAUGAAAUAGAAAAAAUAUUUAUCAAAACUGAUUUAUACAUAAUACAUAAUUUUUUAAAUCAAAAUACACCUUUUACCGUUUGUCCUUGAUGCAAUUAAAUGUUGAAAUCU